AUCGGGAAAAGCCAACGCGAAACCGAACGAGCGAUGCCCUCGAGCGCCGUCGCCGUCGCGCGCUGGAAGAAGAUUCGCGCGCUCCUGCGGUCCAUUCGAACGUUUGGACGCCGAGAUGAUGUCGGCCCGUCAGCCAAGCCGUCGGGAUCCGCUGCGGCAGUCGUCCCUUUCGUGCCCAGCACAUGGUCGGCCGCGAAAACCCGCCAGUUUCAUGCGGCCGCUAGGAAGCAAGAGCAAUACCGGUCGGACGUCGACUUGAAGCUGCUGAUGGAGCUGGUGGAGAGCAUCGCCCUCUUUGCUUCCCUCCCGUACAUUGUCAAGCUGUACGUGUGCCAAAAGCUGCGCUAUCGAACACUUCAUGACGGACAAGUUGUCUAUCGCCAAGGCGACCGCAUCACGGGCUUUGGGAGUCUCUACGUCGUUCUCGACGGCGUCGUUAGCAUCUACAAGAACAGUGCCAUUGUGAGCGUAGCAGCGCACGACGCCCUUUACGACGCCAGCGAAGUGGACGACAGUGACAUGGGUGACUGUAUUCAAACGGUUUCCGUGGGCGAGGUUUUUGGGGAGGGCGCCCUGCUGGGCAACGUGCUGCGGGCCACCACGGUCCUCACGCAGUCGCGCGCAAAGGUUGUGACGCUCUCGGCCACCGCGUACAAGACGCUCUUGACGUACGGCAGCAGCUCAUUAAUCGCGGCCGAGUACAUCUACGCCGCUCAGUGUGAGCAGCACCGCCGGUCGCGCGAGGACAGCGCCAAGCUCUCGGUAUUCCUGAGCCACUUUCACACCUUUCGAUGUCUUCCGCGGCCGACACUCGAGCGGAUCGCUUGCAAGCUGGUGGUACAAACGUUCCCUGCCAACGCAAUCGUGCUGCAUCAAGAGAGCACGUUGGCGAAGCUCGUGGUUGUUGCCGCCGGCCAGCUGCAGAUUCACGUUCAUGAUACCACCGAAGGCUCCAAACUUCACGAAGCCCUCUACGGGCCCGUCAUCGGCGAGCUCUCGCAUGGCGAGUGCUUUGGCGAAGUGGCCUUGCAGAAAGGGUUUGGCUCGACCCAGGCCGCCACCUUGCGGACGCUGUCGCCAGUGACAGUCAUUGUGCUACUGCAAACCGACUACGACCGUGUUCUCUGUGAGGAUGCCCUGGUAGAGAUGGCAGCGCCUCACAACGAUGUCAACGAGCUUCUACGACUGUGUUCGACCCCAUGCGCGGACCGCGCCGAAGACCACGUGCGAACGACCGUCUCGGCCCUCUUACGCUGCGACGCGCGCAUCUUUUGGCGACAGUUCAAUUCCGUGGACUUGACUUUCAUUGCCAAGCACGCCUCGAUCACUGUUGUCGACGCCGGUACCGUUCUCGUCGAGCAAAACCACCGGAGCGAUGGCAUGUAUAUGCUACUAACCGGUGCAGUCAACAUCCACCGCCUUACUUCGACCAAAGUGCGACGACGCCAAAGCGUUGCUGUGCAAGUCGAACUGCAUGGUGGAGAGCACGCUGUGAGCUCCAACGAGAAGCACGGGCAGUUCCUCACGAGCCUUGGUAUCGGCUCUGCCUUCGGCCACGUGCCGCUUCUGACCAAUUCACACAGCCAGUCGACGUAUGUCGUCUCGCGCAACCUUGCCAAGGGGAUCACAACGGCCACGGUGUUGCACUUGCCAGCGGCGGACGUUCUCGGUCUUCUCCGCCAGGAGAACGACAAUGACGACGAGGUAUUGCUGUUCCAGCCCCGCCUUGUACUCGACAAUGCCAGCGUCAAGCCGCGCGACCCGACGUGCUUGACACUCGAGAAGCUCGCAACGUACCUCGGCCACCACGACGCGCUUCGAGCUGUGCCUUACUGUGUACGCCUCCGUCUGCUGCAGGGCAUGGAGAUCGUCGAGGUGCGACACAACCAGCUGCUCUGGGACGUGCACGAGUUCCGCCCUCACGCGAUUAUUCUUGUCCUUGCUGGUUCGCUGCUUCUUGUGCAGUCGGCUUCGUCCCAGCACGCGAUUCUGGACGACGAGGGCGGACUCGGGACAGAGGCUGCGAGCAGUGUCACGUUCGAUUCGCACCGCACUGCCAACGCUGUGACGCGCAUGAACAGCACCGACCUCCUCACGACGCUCUGCAUUGGUGACGUGGUGGGCUCCAUGCAGUCUGGCAGCGCGCUCCAAGCGCAGUCAGCCGUAGCCAUUUCGGAAGGCAAGGUGGGUAUCUUGCACUGGGGUCUUCUACCACCAACUCGACCCGCGCUUGUCGAGCUCGUUGACGACAUUGCUCGGUGGCACAUGCGUCAUUCGUCCAACGACAGCACUACUGAUGAAGGCGCGCACGAGCUCACAUCCCAGCUUUUCGACAUGACGGGACUUCGUGACACCUUUCCCAUCGCGGUGCAAAACUUGGUGCACGAGGACGCGCGCUUUGUCACGUAUCAGCCGGGCGAGCUCGUGUGCAAGCAAGGCGAGAGCCAGGAAGCGCUCUAUAUCGUCCUUGCAGGCAGCUUGGAUGUCUUUGUCCAGCGCGCCCCCGCGAUUUGGACCCGCCGGACGUCCGUGGACCCCAAGGUGACGUGGCGACCACCGUCCAAACGCAAGUUUGUCAUCACCGAGCGCGAUGACAACCCCAUGAAGGCACUCAUGCAUCUCUCCAAGGAGCCAUCGGCGCGGACCACGAGCAUAAAAAAGCUUUUGCAAUCCCCCGUCCCGGUGGCUGUCAACGGCGACCGUCGAGGCGUUCGCGAAGCCACCUUGGGUCCGGGCGACGUCAUCUGCGAGCGCGCUCUCUUUGAUGGAGGCCUUCUCCACCCAUCGACUAUCGUGACGACGACGGCCGCGGCGAUGCUUGUUUUGCAUCGCGAUGCAUAUGAGAAUCUAGUUGCGUUUGGCCGUCCUGCACCCCGUCCAUCCCACCAGGGCUCCCAGCGCGCGCGGGAUCUGUGGAAGCUUGUAGUUCAUUUUGUACUCAAGAAGCGGGCGCAGCGCUCGCAGUGGCCGAGCGUUAUUGCCUUUGCGCGCCAGAAGCGCAUUCAGCUCGUGCUUGACAUUGUCGUGGACGUGCCCUGUUUUGUCAAAAUGGCGACGGCCCUCCGAGAGCAGAUUUGCGAGCGCACGCUGUUUCAGACAUUUGCGCCCAAUGCUUACGUAUUUACAAAGGGGGCGUCUACAGAGCGCGUCUUCGUGCUCGUGUCAGGGUCCGUCGACUUGGUGCAGACAGCUGGUACCACGAUCGAUCUAUCGACAUCGACGCCACUCACCUCGACCUCCGAUGCUGCCGAGCUCACGGGCUACGUUCGUGUGCGCACAGUCAACAACGGCGACGUCUUUGGCGAGUACGAGGUGCUGGCCGCUGAGAACCACCGGCAAAUUUCGGCCAUUGCGACUCACGGUGCGCGUGUCGUUGCUAUCAAUAAGGUCGAGUAUCUCCAGUCGUGGCCGGGUGUUGUGGAGCAGCAAGACCGCCUGGCCUUUCUUCAGCAUACGGACGCGCUCAGAGCCCUCGACCGCGAUCGCGCGUGUUCGCUCUGGUACGGUCUCACGCCCCGCGCCUGUCGCCGCAUGGACGUGAUUUUGCCCUUGCCGAAAGCUUCAGACGCGCUCGUUCUGAUUCAAGACGGCGAGUGCAUCGUGCAACGUCAGCUCGCAUUGCGCCGAGCCAUCCACGAAAAGUCGUGGCGGGAGCCUACGCUGCGCUUGGACGCACACGUCGCCACGUUGAGCCGCGGGAACGUUGCGCUCUGUGAAGACGAUUCGUGGCACACGCUGGAGCUCGUGGCAUCCAGUCGCGACGUGUCGCUCCUCGUAUUGCAUUACCCCGGCGCGCCCUUCAUGUUGCAACGAAUCUUGGGCAAACGCGGCCUGGGUGCACUGCGCAAGGUGUGGCGCGCCCAGCUCGAGUGGCACGCGCAUCGCGAAGAGGUCACUCUGCUUGUUUCUACUCUGUGGGUUGAAGUCGAAUGGCUACUGCAAUGGCGUAUGUCGGUAGACCGCGACACAGCUGGCGACGAGCUCGCACCCGAAACCAGUGACUGCGAGCACUUUACCGCUCCUGCAGUGCGUACCAAUUACGACGCUCCGCAACAACCGGCUCGCUUUACCGCGUUUCUUGCUGCAACGCGCCCUUCCACGCGCGCCCUCACCACCAAAGAGCGCCGCUGUUCGAGGUCCGCGCGCACCGCCCACGGCGGCCGACCUGGCCCCGAAACGCAAGGUCCUCGGCUCCUUUGGUUCACCACGGAUCGCACCUUGCGAAGCCGUCGGGCCGGUCCUCGCAAAAGCGCCGCGCGAUGAUUCCUUGAGUCUUCAACGCAAGCUGCAACAUCAAAUACGCGUCGAGAACCAGCUGGCGCACACCCUCGACAGUGCGCUACGAGCGGCCAAUGCCGCAUCGGCGGUGUCCGAGAAAGCAUGCCGCCUGCGCCAUGGCCGUCCGCCACGGAAUCAGAAGAUAGGUCGCCCGUCCAUAGGCGCGCUGCGCGUCUCCGACCCAAGCGUGGCACAAGCGCACGCACCCUUGCCGGCCCCGCGGCGCUGAUUGGCCCGUCCUGUCCGG